AUGAGUGUCCGCCGAAGCACUAUCAUUCCCAACAAGCCGACCCUGACAGAGAAAAAUCUUCCUGACCAAGCAGGCAAGGUCUUUCUCAUCACUGGAGCUUCUGGCGGAUUGGGUAAGGAGCUUGCUUCAAUUCUAUACCAGAGAAAUGGAAAGAUCUAUAUGGCCGCUCGCUCUCGAUCCAAGACCGACGAGGUUAUGAGAGACAUCAAGGCGGCUCAUCCAAACUCAACCGGCAGUAUGAUUUUCCUACCGCUGGUCCUCGACGAUCUCACCACUAUAAAGGCUUCGGCUCAAGAGUUCCUAGCACAGGAAAGCCGCCUCGACGUACUCUAUAAUAACGCUGGUGUCAUGGUGCCUCCGCAGGGGUCAAAGACGGUACAAGGCUACGAGUUGCAGAUUGGUGUGAACAACCUAGCGCCGUUCUUGUUCACCCACUUCCUCAAUCCUAUUCUUGCUGCUACGGCCCAGAUUGCCCCCAAGAACUCUGUUCGUAUCAUUUGGGUAUCCUCCAGUGCUGCCGAUGGCGCUCCGACUCCCGCCAUCGACUUCACGAACAUGGACUAUCAUAAUGAAGAAGGGAUCUGGCCGAAGUAUUCAAGAAGUAAGGCCGGAAACGUCUUGCACGCUGUUGAGUAUGCUAGAAGGACUGCCGGAAAAGGCAUCAUCAGCAUUGCCCUCAACCCUGGCAACUUUGUGACCAACCUACAGCAGAACAUGCCGAGAAUGCAGCUUGCUAUCUUCAAACUCAUCGCUCAUGCACCCAAGAACGGCGCAUAUACACAACUGUUUGCAAGCCAUUCUCCUACCAUAACAGAGAAGGAAAAUGGUUGUUGGGUUUCUCCUUUUGGAAAGGUCGAGCCGUGCCGCAAAGAUCUUCUUGAUGCUGACCUUGGGAAAAAGUACUGGGAGUGGACUGAGGAGCAGGUCAAUAAGUACAAGUAA